AACUGAGAAACGGAGCUCAUACAGAAGAGGUAGAGAGAAUCCAUGGCGGACGAUCCUGAGAAUCCAGAUCAAGUCGAGGAAGAGUUCAGCGUGUGGAAGAAGAACACCCCAUUCCUGUACGAUCUCCUCAUCUCUCAUCCUCUCGAAUGGCCAUCUCUCACCGUUCACUGGGUCCCACUCUCACCGGUACCCUGCACCGCCGACCCGACUUUCGGCGUCCACAAACUCGUCCUCGGGACGCACACUUCUGGUGGCGCUACGGAUUUUCUUAUGAUUGCCGAAGCCCUCGUCCCAACCCUCGAAGCGGAAUCCAACAUUGCUGGCAGAAAUGAGGAGCCGGUUAUUCCUAAGGUGGAGAUCACUCAAAAAAUGCGCGUUGAUGGUGAAGUGAAUAGGGCCAGGUGUAUGCUGCAGAAGCCAACUAUGAUUGCUGCAAAGACCAGUGGCACUGAGAUUUUUCUAUUUGAUUAUGCCAAGCAGGCAGAAAAUCAACAAGAACAUGAAUUUGAUCCUGAGUUGCGAUUGAGGGGUCAUGACAAGGAAGGGUAUGGAUUGUCCUGGAGUCCUUUUAAGGAGGGUUAUCUUCUUAGCGGUUCUCAAGAUCACAAGAUAUGUCUGUGGGAUGUGUCUGCUGCGCCUCAAGAUAAGGUGCUUGAUGCAAUGCAUGUUUAUGAGGCUCAUGAAAGUGUGGUUGAAGAUGUGUCAUGGCAUUUGAAGAAUGAGAACAUAUUCGGGUCUGCAGGAGAUGAUUGUCAAUUGAUGAUUUGGGACAUGCGCACAAACCAAACAGAAAAUCGUGUCAAAGCUCAUGAGAGAGAGAUCAAUUAUUUAUCUUUCAAUCCCUAUAAUGAAUGGGUUCUCGCUACAGCAUCUUCAGACUCUACUGUUGCUCUGUUUGAUACGCGGAAGCUUACAGCGCCAUUACAUGUUUUAAGCAGUCACACUGGGGAGGUCUUCCAAGUAGAAUGGGAUCCUAAUCACGAGACAGUGCUGGCAUCUUCUGGUGAUGAUAGAAGGUUGAUGGUUUGGGACCUUAACAGGAUUGGGGAAGAGCAAUUAGAAAUAGAGUUGGAUGCUGAGGAUGGUCCUCCAGAGCUUCUGUUUUCUCAUGGAGGUCACAAGGCAAAGAUAUCAGACUUCUCCUGGAACAAAAAUGAACCAUGGGUCAUUUCAAGCGUAGCUGAGGAUAACACUCUUCAGGUCUGGCAAAUGGCGGAGAGCAUCUAUCGUGAAGAUGAUGACUGGCAAGGACCUGAUGAGUGAUGCCAUCCGUAAACAUUGGCUCAGAGAUGAAGGGGCUACAUGCAGUGUACCAUGGAGCAAGCAUGGUCAUAUUUCCUAGGUUAGUGUUCAUUCCUGUAUCUGGUGGUUGAUGUAGGAUCUGACAAGUAAGCAGUAUGGGCAGAGUGUCUUCUGGGUCUGUGAUGUUGAACAGUAUCACGAAAGCAGUGAUUACUUUCUGAACUUUAAGACGUCAUAAGUCUUUCUUUUUUAAAUGUUAAUUUAAAGUUUGAAUGUUGUUCUAUGGUUAAUUUCUGG